AUGCCUGUCAAAAGAAGAAAUCACGGAAGAAACCAAAAAAAUAGAGGACACACCAGAACUGUUGAUUGCACUAACUGUGGUAGAUAAGUAGCUAAAGAUAAAGCAGUAAAAAGAUACACUGUUAGAGAUAUCGUAGAUGCCUCUUCUAAAAGAGAUAUCAUUGCAGCCUUGGCUUUCUAAGGUGAAGCAUAUACAAUUCCUAAGCUUUAUUGCAAACUUUCAUAUUGUAUUGCUUGUGCAAUCCACAGCAGAGUUGUAAAAGUUAGAUCUUCAGAUGACAGAAGAGUUAGAGAACCACCCAAAAGAGUUAUUAAAAAAGUAGACCCUGAAAAAUAAGCAUAAAAAGCUUAAUGAAGCAAAUGAUUUUUUAAAACUUAUAAUUAUUUCAGAAGAAUAUAAAAUAAUAAUUUUUUUUCUUCUGAUAUUUUUUAUUUAUCUUUUUAAAAAAAGUUGUAACAUUAAAUAUAAUAUUUAAAUAAUUUUU